AUGUCGAUCUGGGAUGCCCUCACCGGACGCAAGUCCUCGUCGCAAACCUCGUCAUCGAGCGCACCCGCUGCGCCGCCCGCCCCAGAGCACCACACCCCUACCAAUACUUUCCAGCCGACGACCACCUUCGACCCUACUUCUGCCCAGGGCGUAGAAGCCUUCCUUGGCAGCUCCUCUUUUGCCGACCCCUCACAACUACAUCCCCUCGCCGGGCUGAACAAGGAUACACUGGAUUACCUCUCCCUCGAAGACUCUGCGCUCUCAGACUUGCCCGGAUCACAAUCGGCUCUGCCGUCACGAGGCUUCACAGACGACCUUUGCUAUGGUACAGGCACAACAUACCUCGCCGGUCUCUCGCUAGGAGGCGCAUGGGGCCUGCAGGAGGGUUUAAGGAAGUCGGCCGGCGAAUCGCCGAAGCUCCGGCUGAACUCGGUGCUCAACUCGAUCACACGGAGAGGGCCGUUCCUGGGGAAUUCGGCGGGCGUGGUUGCUGUCUGCUACAACUGCAUCAACUCAUACAUUGGGUAUUUGAGGGGGAAGAACGAUGCCGCGAACACCAUUGUGGCUGGUGCCCUUAGCGGCAUGCUGUUCAAGAGCACAAGGGGGCUUCGACCGAUGGCCAUCUCGGGUGGUAUCGUGGCUUCGGUGGCCGGUGCCUGGGCGAUUGUGAGAAGGACAAUCUUCCACGACUCCAAGAAUUCCCAUACCGAGACUCUUGCAACACUUUAA